GCAAAAGCACGGUCACUGCGCUUCAUUUUCUUCUCUCUGGGCAAAACCCUAGAGUUUGGUUUCACCUCUCUCGCUAAAACUCACCGGAGAGCAAUCAUGGCGGCAGCGGCGGCAACAACAGCAGCAGCACCAGCGCGGCAGCUAUCUCAAAAGGAAGCUGAUAUUCAGAUGAUGUUGGCUGCUGAAGUACAUCUCGGCACUAAAAACUGUGAUUUCCAAAUGGAACGUUACGUUUUCAAGCGCCGCAAUGACGGAAUUUACAUUAUUAACCUUGGGAAGACCUGGGAGAAACUUCAGUUGGCUGCUAGGGUUAUUGUUUCAAUUGAAAACCCACAAGAUAUAAUUGUUCAAUCUGCAAGGCCUUAUGGUCAAAGAGCUGUCUUGAAGUUUGCUCAGUACACUGGUGCUCAUGCUAUUGCUGGAAGGCAUACUCCUGGUACUUUUACCAACCAGCUUCAAACUUCCUUCAGUGAGCCUCGUCUUCUUAUCCUUACUGACCCAAGAACCGAUCACCAGCCAAUCAAAGAAGCAGCUCUUGGGAACAUUCCAACUAUUGCUUUCUGUGACACUGAUUCACCAAUGAAUUAUGUGGAUAUUGGCAUUCCAGCUAAUAACAAGGGAAAGCACAGCAUUGGAUGUCUGUUUUGGUUGUUGGCUAGGAUGGUUCUUCAAAUGCGUGGCACCAUUCUUCCUAGUCAUAAGUGGGAUGUGAUGGUGGAUUUAUUUUUCUACAGGGAGCCUGAGGAAGCUAAACAACAAGAGGAGGAAGAUGCGGUUGCUCCUCUUGAUUAUGCUCUUACUGGUGGUGAUUUUGCUGUGACUGGUGCUGAAAAUUGGGCUGCUGCUGGUGGCGAUGGAUGGAGCUCUGAAGUAGCCCAACCACCUAUUGCUGCCAUGCCUACUGCCAACUGGACUCCAGAGCAACCUGCUGCUGCUGCUGCUGCUGCUGCUGGGGAAUGGGAUGUGGCACCACCUCCUCCUCAAUUUGCAGCUCCAGUAGAUGCCGGUGCUCAGUGGGAGUAAAGACUUCCAAAAAUUUCUAUAUCAACUCUUGUAUUGCACAUUUACCUUACCAUAAUCAUGAGUUAGUUUUGAAGAAUUUUCAACAUCUGUUGGGUUAAGGACUUCUCUUUUUUUUCCCCCUUGUUUUAUUUUUUGGGCAUAGCUUAGUUAAAGACAUCAUCAAAUUUGAGAGAUUUUGACGUUGAUGUUGGUAUCAGAAGUAAUAUGCUGCAUUUGAGAUGAUUUGUUUUAUAAAGCUGAUGAAAACAAGUCGGAUGUCCGUCUUCCCCUUUUCUGUCAA